AUGGCUAAUGAUAUGAGACGAUCAAGCAUGUCUUCUUCAUCUUCACACGGGCAAGGGCCGAAUCAGGGUCUGGCUCAAGGUCAGGGACAACCACAAGGAAAUGUGAACGUGAACGGGUCGUAUUCACAGAUAAAUUCGAGUUUGCAUGCGAGGGUCAAGGCUUUCCAGGAACAGAGACAGUUGAAGCGGUCUGGGAGUAUCCACUCGAACCAAUCGCAGAAUUCAGUACAGAUACAGCAGAUUGUGAAUAAGCCGUUGCCCCCGCUGCCUCCGAAGAUUAUGGUGGGGGAGGGCGAGCAUUUGUCGGAAGACUCGCAGCAUCAUCAUCAUCAUCAUCACCAGCAGCAGCAGCAGCAGCAGCAACAACAACAACAACAACAACUACAUAAAAGUGAUGGAUCGGGAGAGUCGAUACAACGAGGUACUGAACUGGAUCAUCAACAAAAAGUACAACAACUGCCACAACUGCCGCAGCAGCCGCAGUCACAACAACCCCAACAGCCACAACCACAACAACCACAGCAAUCAACACCACCAGUAACACCAUCACAACAACAACAACAACAACCACAACAAAUACAGCAGCAUCAUAACCAAACUCAAAAUCAAGGUCAAACCCAAAGUCAAGCCCAAAAUCAGCAACACCCACAGCAUUCAGCACAAGUUCUGUCGUCGCGAAAGGGCUUGCCUCAUGGCAUUCAAAAAGACAUGCAUUUACAACAAACUCAACAACAGGCCCAGCAGCAGCAGCAGCAACAGCAGCAGCGUCAACGGCCUCUGCAGGCAGCUACUAUGACUCAAGGGAGAAGAGAUGGACUCAUGAAACAGACGCAAGAACAACUAGAGAAGAUGAGGAUAAGUGCUUCCUCUGCACCUCCACCUGGAACAUUUGGCAAUAUCCCUUCGAUAUCCCAAGAUCGCGAGCUAAACCCAAUAAGACAGGCCCCACGUCCACCUGCUGGCGGAAUUCCCACAGGGAAUAUUCCGAACUACUUUAUGGCACCAGGAACAGGUGGUAUGCCUCCAGUUUCCACUUCAUCUUCCUCAGCAACAGACCCAGGUCAAGCUCCGCCAAGACCUUCUCAAGGUCAACCACAUUUACAGAAAGCCAAACAAUCUCUAUCGGCAAGGAGAGGUUUGAAACUUCCACCGGGCGGAAUGUCGCUGAAAAUGAAACCUACAAGUCAGCCACAGCAGUUGGCACCUCAACAUACCCACCAGGAGUUUGCGGGGGCUCCUUCUAACACUGCUGUGCCAGUGGUACAAGGGAGACGUUCCAAUCCAGGCUCGCUGAUUAACGGUCUGCAGACAACUUCCACUUCUUCUGCGAAUACGUCGCACGAGACGGCAGGAACCGAACCUAAGCCGGGCUCCAACUCCAAUACCAAUUCUGGUAUUGGUGGUCUAUUCGCAAAUUUCUCCAAAUACGUUAAUAUUAAGUCCGGUUCGCUCAAUUUCGCUGGAAAAUUGUCUUUAUCAUCAAAGGGUGUAGACUUUAGCAAUGGAUCCAGUUUCCGCAUUACUUUGGACGAGUUGGAGUUUUUGGAAGAGUUGGGCCACGGGAAUUACGGUAAUGUCUCAAAAGUUUUACAUAAACCUACUCAUAUUACCAUGGCAAUGAAGGAAGUCAGGUUAGAAUUAGACGAAUCAAAAUUCAGACAGAUUCUAAUGGAGUUAGAAGUGUUACAUAACUGUCAAUCUCCAUACAUCGUGGAUUUUUAUGGAGCAUUCUUCAUUGAGGGUGCAGUAUACAUGUGCAUGGAAUACAUGGAUGGUGGGUCUUUGGACAAAUCGUAUGACGAUGAACAGUUAGGAGGCAUUGAUGAGCCACAAUUGGCUAGGAUCACUAGCUCUGUGAUAAAGGGGCUAAAAGAAUUAAAAGAUGUGCAUAAUAUUAUCCAUCGUGAUGUUAAACCAACAAAUAUUCUAUGCUCUGCUAGUCAAGGUACGAUAAAAUUGUGCGAUUUCGGUGUGUCUGGAAAUUUAGUCGCAUCAUUAGCUAAAACAAAUAUCGGCUGCCAAUCUUACAUGGCUCCGGAAAGAAUUAAGUCUUUGAAUCCAGACAAAUCAACAUAUUCAGUUCAGUCAGAUAUAUGGUCUCUUGGGUUGUCUAUCCUUGAAAUGGCAUUAGGUGCCUACCCAUAUCCUCCAGAAACUUUUGAUAACAUAUUUUCGCAGCUAAGUGCUAUAGUGGACGGGCCAACGCCAAAGCUACCAGAGGGAAAAUUCUCAGCUGAUGCCCAAAAUUUCGUGUCAAUGUGUCUACAAAAGAUUCCCGAACGUAGGCCAACCUACGCAGCCUUACUAGAGCAUCCUUGGUUAAAGAGGUACGAAAAUGUAGACGUGAAAAUGAGCGAAUACAUCACUACUAGACUAAAUAAGAGGAAAGAAUGGCUAGCAGAGACCGGAGAAGACUUACCAAAGCAUAUCCCUGCCUUGCAUAUGGGUGGAUUGUAA